CAAAACAAACUUUUCAUAGAAACAACAGUAAGAAAAAGAGAAAGAUGAAAUACUUAGGAAGUAGUCUUCUUCUCUUAUCUUUAUUAGUGAUAGUCCUUGCAAACGAAAGACCUGACCACAAAUGCGGACCAUCUGUAGGCAACCCUCCAUGUGGAAACACCAGAUGCUGCAGCAUCCAUAACUGGUGUGGUGGCGGCUCAAGCUACUGCAGUGGAGGAAACUGCCGAUACCAAUGUUGGUUUGUCGCACAUGGUUCGAGCCAUGCCCAUGAUCUCCCCCGUGCUUUACUCAGAAACAAUGAUGGUUUAAGCAAGAUUCUUAGUGAAUCAGUUUAUGAUGAAAUGUUUAAGCACAUGAAGGAUUGUCCUAGCCAAGGCUUCUACAACUACGACGCCUUCCUCGCUGCUGCGGCGUCUUUUCCUGGUUUUGCUGCGACUGGUGAUGUCGCCACUCGUAAGAGAGAGCUCGCCGCUUUCUUUGGUCAAACAUCUCAAGCAACUACAGGUCAAAGGUCUGAUCCAAUAGAUUCGCAUGCAUGGGGAUAUUGUCACAUUAACGGGACUACUUUGGACUCUCAUGAGAACGAUUAUUGCACGUCUUCUCAUUGGCCAUGCGCUUCUGGUAAAAGAUACGAUAGUCGAGGACCAGUGCAACUCACUCACAACUACAAUUACGGGCUUGCUGGAGAAAGUCUUGGCAUAGAUUUGAUCAACAAUCCUGAUUUGGUAGCCACAGACCCAAUUGUAUCGUUCAAGACAGCCAUAUGGUUCUGGAUGACUCAGCAUGACAAUAAGCCUUCUUGCCAUGAUAUUGUUAUCAAUGCUCAUUCCCAAGGGAGAGUGAUCCCUAACUAUGGUACUGUGAUUGGAAACAUAUUCAAUGGACAAAGACCUAAUGAUAAUAAUCAGGUAACCGAUAGAGCUACUAAUAGCAUCGGGUACUACAAGAGGUACUGUGACAUGUUAGAUGUGAGCUAUGGAGAUAACUUGAAAUAUUGGUACGACCAAGUUGAUGCUCACAUCCAAAUGCCUAUCAUCUAAUAAAGCGUAAUAAUGAUAAGAAGACUACGUAAAAAUGAUGGCUCUCUUUGGACAAAUAUAGGAAGCGGUAUUUGUAUGUGUGUGUUCUAUAGUCCUCGACUUCCUGUACUAUCUAUGUAUAUAUUUGUCCACGUACGUAUGGAAAUGUAAUAAUGGUGGUUCAACUUAUUAGGUUGACCUUUUUCUUAGUGAUGAAUAAAUGAGCCACCGUGGUAUGUCUUCGAUCUUAUAAUAAA